UCAGGGUCAAUGAGUUGGAGCCCCACGCUGGGUAUAGAGAUUACUAAAAAAUAAAAAAUAAAAUAAAAUAAAAUAAGGGUUCGAGAGAGAGAGGACCUACUGAGUUAAGACAGCCAUAGCAGCGGCAUCUUUGACUCCCUCAAACUGAGCAACUAAUCUGAGCCCUGUAGGCCUCCCUUCACCUCAAACAAGAGAAGAGAGAUGGGCUGGAGGAGUAGAUUUCAAGCCCCUAGAGCCCUUUAGCAGUCCCAAGCCCAGACUCCUGCGUCCCAACUCCUGCGUGGCGGGUGGGGCUGACUGGGCAGAGAGAAAGAGGAAGAAGGGAGAGUAUGUUCUGAGUGAGGGCAGGUUGCUGGCUGAAUAUCGAGGUGGACGCUCCUCUGGAGGUAUUUUGGCCUCUCAUACAUUCUCAAUGGGCUUUUUUUUUUCAACAGCAGAACUUUCAAAGGCGAUUCCACUUCCAUAAAUUGAGUUUCUUCCCGGAUGGUUUCCUUUCCCAGUUUCCUGCCUCCAGUGCUUAGCACAGGGCCUGCCGGCCCUGCUCAAAGUUGUACCGUUGGGGAUCGUAACCCCGUGACUGUUGGACACAGCAAGUCCCGACCUCAUUCAGUGCCAUCGUUGAGACCAACUCCCUGCUAGUCCUUUCUAUCUCUCAUUGCUUGUCUCUCUACUAGCCUCACUCAGACUCGUGGGCUCAUGAGCCCUCGGACGCACGACUGUGGCGCCGAAGCCCCGCUCCUUCAUGGAAUUGCUGUGUAAUCUUGGACUAGUUCUAUAACUUGUCAGGGCCAUUGUUUGGUGGCCUGUAAGGCUGGGCUAGGUGGCCAGGAUGUUAGGUCUGGUGGUGCCUCUUGGCGUUAGAAGUUCCCAGAAGACGGCUGCCUUGGAGAUGGUGAAUAACCCCCACCCAGAGGGCAACUUCCUCUGUCAUGGGCACCUGUCGCCCAACAAAUUAGGCAGCCCAGCUAAAGCCUGUCCUGAAGCAGCACGCCUCUGUGUGAAGUGGGAGUCCAAGCUAUUCCUGCUCAGUUAAUAUCUGUGGUUCCAUCCCUCUCCAGCAGUACUUCCAAGAUUCUGUCCAAGCUGCACAGGUAUUGGGAAGAAAACUGGUUUGUGCCGGCAUAUCCUAACUGGGUUCUUUGAUUUGGCAGCAUCCACACCCUCACCUCUCCCCCACACUCCCUGCCAUCCCAAGAGUGGCUCUCUUCUGAGAGAGGUUCCCAGCCCACAGCUUUUCCUCUAUCUUAGACUUUCUUCGUGACCUUGGACAAGUCCCUCCUCGGCCUCAGGUUAUGCAUCUGAAAAAUGGGGAAAGCAACGCCUCAGGGCCCUUUUGGCUCUAAGACUUUAGAAGUUGUGGUUCUAGGCCCAGACUCAACGAGUGUGGCUGGAGGUGUCCCUCAGGGUGUCCCCACACUCCCGACUCUCCGGUGGGAACGCUGAGCCACCACUUCAAAUUUUAGUCAGUUUUUAUGCACCUCGCGCCACCGGGUGGAAAGAACAUGGGAACCAGGAUGAAUAGCUCCUCUCUGCUUUUGCAGAGAUGGGGGUUUCUGCUCCAAGACGGGGUCAGGUUUGAGCGGGUGGGAGAGGGAUGGUGGGGAGGUGGCGAGGAUCGGGACCUGCACGGUCCCAGACAAAGGAGAGACAACGCAGCCACUCCACCCCAAUGCACACCGCAGCCUUCUGGGCCCCAAGAGGCCGCUUGGGGCCGUUUUGCGCAGCUGUGCCCUGGAGGGGGUGGGGAUGGUGUCAGCACCGGAAACUUAUCUACCGGUUAGGGGCAGCUGUGUCUGGGACAGUAACAGAAGGUGAGACCGAAGGCUAACUCAGUGUAGGGAAGUGGUGCAGAGGUAGAGAGAAGGGAGACUGAGGCAGAGAAUGAACCAGGAUUCCUCUCAGGGGCAAUCAAUCUGUGCUCUGUCUUCCUUACAAGCCUAGGUCUGGAGAAGUUAUCUCAGAGCCCCUUUUUAUGUUUAAUAUCAGAGGAUCAUUACUUGUGAAUUACAAAUGGUGGGUUUGGGGACCACUUCCAUGAGCUGCUGGAGCUAGAAUCUUCAGUGUAUUUGCCAGUGCCUCCUGGGUGUAGAAUGGCUGUCACAUGCUUCCUUUUCAAAGUCCAUUCCUUUGCUUGUUGUCUUCUGGACCAGGAGAGUCUGCUAGAAAUGCACGCAUUUUGUCUUAAAAGCAACAAGAAAUUCCCCGGAAAAGGGAAGGAGGAGUUUUCUCUACAGCAGCCUGGUGCAGCACGCCUGUCUUGGCGCAGCCCUUGCAGAUAGAACUCGCCUGCCCACCUGCCUGCUUCAGGGACCCUCAUUAGCACUGGACUAACACGACUGGCUUCAUUCAGUUCCCAAGAAGUCUUGCAUCAGAUGCAGUAUUACUCCUGGAAACAGAAUCCUUCAGCUGCGCAUCACUAGCCCCCAAAGCGUCUGGCAGUUCCUGGUCUGAAGCUGGAAACAGAGGCUCAGGGCUCAGUGCUUGGACAACCUGGUCCGAAGCCUCAAUUAGUCUCCUCUCCCAGGAGCACUCUGAUUACUAACUUUAAAGGGGUGUGAGAUUUCUUUCCUCUCAACGUCUCUGCAUUUCUGUUAGCUCAGAAUUGGGGUGUCCUGGGGGUAAAAUGAGGGAGGGAGGUGGACGAGGCGGCGGCGGCAGCGGCUUAGUAGGCUCUUGAAAUGUUUAAAAUUGUGAAAUGUUUCCUCUGGAAGGAGUUCCAUUAAAAACUAGGUAAGCCAACUCUACCCAUUUUACAGAUGAAGAAACUGAGCUCAGAACCGGGUAGAUGUGCUCACACUACGAGUCUAUUGCGAAUCUGGUGGUGCUUAGAUUGAAAACCGGAUCUCUUACUGCGUUCCGAUUUUUCCUCUAAUAUCCGUGUGUAGAUUUUCAGGAGACUAUUCCUCCACCCUCACCGUUCACCUCCCCAUCCCCACUUUAGCCGCCCCAAUCUCUUAGGGCAUUCCAAGUUCCCAGCACUGCGGCGGGGAGGUCAGGCUCCCGCGGGAUCUUCGGCGGGACUCUCCAGGCCCUGUGUAGAUCCCCUUACCCCUCCCCCCAUCCGCGCUCCGCUAGGCCUUCGCCCCGCGCGUUUGUCAAUGAACGUGGCGCCGCCGCCUGGGCCCCGCCCCCCAUUCUCUCCUAUUGCCCAGGUGUCCGCUAAUCAGGCGGAGUCCGCCGGUUGCUUAGCCAAUGGGACGCUGUCUCGGGCCAGGGCCGGCUGCCACAGCUCUGAUUGGCUUGAUGAAGCGUGAUUGGCAGGUCAGCCCCCGCCUCGCCCCCGCCCGGAGGGAGGCUGAGCCCCGGGCGGCGCUGUCCACACGCAGCGGGUCCUGAAAGCGGCUCCGGGGCGGCGCGGUGGCGCACUGUGCGCGCCGAGCAGGCGGAGGGCUAGCGCCGGCGGCGGCGGCGGCGGCGACAGCGCGGGCAGUCAAAGCCGACAGCGGCUCCAUCUCAGCACCGGCAGUCCCAGCGGCCUUGGUAGAGAGGACCUUCCGCUCUCUCGGUCCCUCGCUUCACGCCAGGGGCAGGCGCGGCGGCCGUCCCGGAAGAGGCAACUGGAAAACAGUGGAACCAGACCCCUGAGAGAGGGCAGCGGGGCUCGAAGAGUUGGUGGGCGUGAGGCAGAUACUCAGGCGAGGAGGCGACUGUCGCUGUUGUCCCCAUUCCUGGUCCCAGCGAUGGGGGAGCAUCGGGGGCCGGGGGAACUUUGAAGCCAGAAGCUCCGGGGGUGUGAGAGCUGCAAGCUCCUGGGGACUGAGGAGUCACGGCCCCAACGUCAGUGACGGAAGCGUCUCCGAACCCGCCGGGGCCCCAGCGCCGCCAGAGAGGAAGUUCUUUGCAACUUCGUCCGAGACGUCGGAGAGCCGAGUAGAGAGAGGCUGGGGCUGCAACUCCAAGCCCCAGAGAUUCAGAGAAGCCGAGAAAGGAUCCGGUGGAGACCGAAGGGUCGAGGAGAGACUCCAGAGGCAGCGAGGCCGCGGAACCAGCCUGUCAGUCCGCGGGCCUCGCUGCCCCCUGAGUGAGGCCAAGGGCCGUGUGUCCCGAAGGCCUCCUCAAAAGCCGCUCCUACCGGAGGCCGGGGGCUCUUUGCCGUCCCGGAGACGGGCCCCUACGCUAUGCCCCCUAAGCUGCCGGCUGCUUGGCCGCAGCUACUUCGGCCCGGGUCCGCAGCCACUGCCUGAGCCAGCCCGACAGGGAAGCCACCAGGACUUGGGCGCCCCGCUCCCAGCCGGACGGCACUAGCACCGUUUCCCGCCUCUAGGCGCAGCUCUCGGCGAUCUCCAGCGGAGAGGCUCUGAGAGAGGCCCGGCAGCUCCAGCAGCGUUUUCCGAACCCAGAUCGCACAGAACCCGGCCUGGCGGCUCGGCUCCCUAGCCGCGCUGGGCAGCCCCUUGGCGCCGGGAGGCGGCGGCGUGGGCCGGCCUGCAGUCUGGAGCGCCCCGAUGGAAAUACACUGUAAGCACGACCCGUUUGCAUCCAUGCAUAGACAUGGAGGAGUGAAUCAGCUUGGGGGGGUUUUUGUGAAUGGACGGCCACUCCCGGAUGUAGUCCGCCAAAGGAUAGUGGAACUUGCUCAUCAAGGUGUCAGGCCCUGCGACAUCUCAAGGCAGCUUCGAGUCAGCCAUGGUUGUGUCAGCAAAAUUCUUGGCAGGUAUUAUGAGACGGGGAGCAUCAAGCCUGGUGUAAUUGGAGGAUCCAAACCAAAGGUCGCCACGCCCAAAGUGGUGGAAAAAAUUGCUGAGUAUAAACGCCAAAAUCCCACCAUGUUUGCCUGGGAGAUCAGGGACCGGCUGCUGGCGGAACGGGUGUGUGACAAUGACACGGUGCCCAGCGUCAGUUCCAUCAACAGGAUCAUCCGGACUAAAGUACAACAACCCCCGAACCAGCCGGUCCCAGCUUCCAGUCACAGCAUAGUGUCCACGGGCUCCGUGACGCAGGUGUCGUCGGUGAGCACGGACUCGGCCGGCUCCUCGUACUCCAUCAGCGGUAUCCUGGGCAUCACGUCUCCCAGCGCAGACACCAACAAGCGCAAGAGAGAUGAAGGUAUUCAGGAGUCUCCGGUGCCGAACGGCCACUCACUGCCAGGCAGAGACUUCCUCCGGAAGCAGAUGCGGGGAGAACUGUUCACGCAGCAGCAGCUGGAGGUGCUGGACCGCGUGUUUGAGAGGCAGCACUACUCGGACAUCUUCACCACCACAGAGCCCAUCAAGCCCGAGCAGACCACUGAGUACUCAGCUAUGGCCUCGCUGGCUGGAGGGCUGGAUGACAUGAAGGCCAACCUGACCAGUCCCACUCCCACCGACAUUGGGAGCAGCGUGCCCGGGCCACAGUCCUACCCCAUUGUGACAGGCCGUGACUUGGCGAGCACGACCCUCCCCGGGUACCCUCCGCACGUCCCCCCCGCCGGACAAGGCAGCUACUCAGCACCGACGCUGACAGGGAUGGUGCCUGGGAGUGAGUUUUCCGGGAGCCCCUACAGCCACCCUCAGUAUCCCUCAUACAACGACUCCUGGAGGUUCCCCAACCCGGGGCUGCUCGGCUCCCCAUACUAUUACAGCGCCGCUGCCCGAGGGGCUGCCCCACCUGCAGCCGCCACUGCCUAUGACCGUCACUGACCCUCGGAGCCAGGCAGGCGCCAAGCACUUAUAACACAUAUCACUGAGGGCGAUAGCCUCUCAGCCCCUCUGAAGAUGGCCAGAGGGGCCCAACGAGACCAUCCCCCAGCAACCCUCACUCACCUGAAACUCCCUCCCAACCUUUUCCUGCCAGGGACUCUGGGGUUCCAUGGUAAGGCUGUUGGACUUGUAGACAUGCGUCCAUUUCUAAGAGUCAAUCAGUGAGCUUCUCCCAACAGCAGCUGGGUCUCUGCAAACCAACGGACUAUUCUUCAGACAACUAUAGCCCCAGCCUAGCCUGCCAGUCCCCAGCUGUCUGACCAUCCACCUGUCUUCCUGCCCCAGGCCUGGGAAGGAGAGCUUGCUUUUGUCGCUUCAACAGCACCCAUGUAAAUACCUUCUUGCUUUUUUGUGGGCCUGUGGGUCCAGCUGAGCGGACAGCCCACCCAUUAUGCAUCCACUACUCCCGAUGUGUCACAGGAAAUCUUAGACCUGUGUGCAGAGUAUCCCCUCUGUUCUGGCUGCCCCCCAAGGGUGGGCUUGGAGUUUUCCUUGAGACUAAGGAUGCCCACCUCAGGGCCCAGCCUCCUGCUCAUUGCUACUUCUUUAACGUCUGGACUAGGAGUCUCAUUGGGCUAGUUAUGCUUCAAGCUUCCCCCCUGAGAACCCUCCUCAGGAGAAACACACUCUGGAGAGAUGCCCUGGCUUCCUGACUUCAUUUCCCUGGGCCCAAUGCAGUGUGAGCAGCUCUUUUCCAUAUCAAAGGACUCAAAGAGAACUGUCUGGGAGAGUCUUCAGCUACUACUCUAAAGUAAGAUGCUGUCCAAGGUGCUGACUGCAUUGCGGACUUUGAAUGCUAGGGCUGGACAGGACCCAGGAGACCAUAGUCCUAGGCGGGAACCCCAAGCCCCUGGAACCACUGAACUGAACUGGGACGUGUUUUCUGAGGAAUUCCCAGGUUCAUAUCAUACCGGACACCCACCGUGGACAUUUCUCCCACCCUCCAGGAUGCCAGAGAGUGGAUUCUGGGCAAGCCUGUCCCUGCCAUGUAGACAAUGAUUAACAAAAAGGACUUUCCUGCACUGAGGACCACAAACACCUACAGAAGUCAGCCAGAACUUCCUGAUCAACCCCUCCCCACCCUCGUGGAGCCUAGUGUGCAGCUGGGAAUAGAGGUGCUGGGGUGGGAGCAGAUGCCUAACCUUGCACAGUGGGUAUGUACCUAUUGAUGCAAGGGGUUGUGAUGGUCAGAGCCAUUGCCGGUGGCCCCAGGAGCCUGGAGAGGGGAGCUUGGAGAACUCACUGUGGGCUGGUGAGAUCAGAAAAACCCACCUGGGAGGAUGCAGGGGACAGAGGAAGGCCUUCUGGGAAGAUUAGGACAGGCAGUGACGAACUGGUGUCUGAACUGGGAGUGGUUUUGAAAUAGGGGUACCAGGGGCCACCAUCUCUUCUCCCAGGGCCUCAAUUCCUUGAAUAGUUUCUUUUGCCAACUCAGAACAGCAAGGUGAGGCACUACCCGAAUCUGGGCUGAAUUACAGUGAGAACAAUGGAUGUUGCCAUCUCAUGUGACAGUGUCCCCAAUGUUGGCACAUCACCAAAUUGGUAAAGAGCUGGGGUGGAGAGACCCUGAACUUGACGUUAUUGGGCCUGAGAGGUCUUGUCCUGGCCGUACCUUUUCCUUGCUGUGGGACCUCAGACAAGACGUUCACCUCUCUGAGCCUCAGCUGCCUUGGUAUAGCAGGGUCACCUGCAGGGUCAUCCUACAGCUCUCUCCUUGCCUUCCUCUUUCCCAGGAUGCUGGGGCUGUAACAGAGUCAUCUGGGGCAUGUCUUCCAUUUCUGAGCAACCAUACAGGGUGGGCACCCGAGUCCUGCUAAUAUUUGGACCAAAUAGGAAAUAAGAACACCCAGAGGUGUGGGAAUCAGCCUUGGGGAAGACCUAGUCCAACUUUCCUCAGGGGAAACUGAGGCCCCGUUUGGGGAAGCCCAGGACCAUGCAGGGAGAUAGAACAGACCUCCUCUGGCCACCACCAAGUGUUUUCUCCCCAACAUCCUACGAAGCGGUAGGACAGAAGAGGAAACUGAGGCUCAACAAGGUGGAGUCCCCAAGCAGUGACUGGCAGAGGUGGAGCUGGCAUUCAGCCCCCUGACCCCAGGAACAAGGUGAUCCUCCCAUCCUUGGGGAGGGCAGUUGAGUGAGGGCAGUGGGAGGUUGCUCUGGGUCCACUGCCACAGAUGGAGUGUCCUGGGCUGUUAGCACUGCUGAGGGAGCCCAGCACCCAGGGCAGAAGUGGAGCCAGUGAGCUCACUGCAGGCACACCCACCAUCUUGGAACCUUCUGGGCAAAGAAGGGAGGCAGUUGGGGCAGAGCCCACCUCUGAAAACAGGAUGAACGAGCUCCAGCCUCUACCUGCCAGACAAGGUAGGAGAAGGUAUGUUAGCUGGCCUCUCCUUUCCUCCUUCCCUUCUUCCCUCCCUUCUUCAGGAAGUGAUGGGGUCAGGCCUUUGACCUCUUGCAUCCUCAUCUUUGGAUCCUUGUCGCUCCUUGUGGUCUCAGGCUGUUGGGAGGUCAGCCUUCCCUGAACCAACAGCCUGAAGCGCACACUAAAGCCCAUCUGGCCCCAUACUGUUCUUUCUCCUUGCCCUGUGAUGAGCUCCCUCCAUGCCUUUCCUCUCUGAAGCUCUGCUGGUCUUCAGAUCGCAUUGGUAUUUAUUAGACAAGCACUUGAUUCCUGGACUGCCAGGCAGAAGCACAAGAGCACAUGGACGCACACGCAUGUUCUCACACAUGUACCUGCUCUCUCCAGCUCAGAGUUCCCGCGCUGGUUGAGCUGCCCGGGAGCUCAGAGAGAACGGUUCUGAAGGACACAAGCCGUUGAGUAAAUGCCAGAGAAUUCUGAAUGAAAAACACAAGGUCGGGGCUUUCACCAGCAUCGUGGCUGGAGGCCUAGGGACCUUCAGCCCUAUGUUCCAGCUCUGACUUUUGGAAAAGGACCUUGUGAAUUUUAUGAAAAAGUUUCAUACCAUUAGUCUAGCUCCAGCCUUGAAAAUUUGAUGACAUAUCAAAUCCAACAUCCCUUUCCCCAGGCGCCUUAGUUAGGGUUAGCCUUUUCAUAACUGACAUUCGUAUGGUGCUUUGCCAUCCUUGACCAUUCUCUGGGGCAAAGAUCACAAUGCCCAUUUUACAAAUGGGAAAACUGAGAUUUGGGGCUUGCACGGUAAGACAGAGCUGAAGUGAAUUCUCAGAUCUCCGGGCCCCGUUCACCCUCCACAGAAUUGCGCUCCUGUCAUGGGAGCCUAUGACUUAGACACACCCUUCAAUCCCUUAGAAACCCCCUAGACCCACAAUGAGGAAAGAAAGAACAGGGACCCAGAGGCUGGCCUGACCAAAGGCCCUGCAGGCUGGUAGUUUUGCUGGUCUGACUUGAUUCCCAUUAACACCAAGACCUACAAAGUCUUUGCCCAGAUUCACUCACAUCAGUGCUUCUGAGGUUUCGUCAGACUCCUUCCCUGCUGUGUCCCGAGACUCUGGUGGGAUCGGAUCUUGUCCAGGACUGUACCAUCAGCCCUGGCAGGGCCUGGACAUGGGCCCAGAUCUGACCCCUGGGGUCUAAGUUUCCAGUGGCAUGAGAUGUCUGUCGUGAGAUGUUAUGAGAUGUCCCUCACUCUUUUCUUUACCUAUCCCGCUGUGGUUCAGACUCUAGGCCUGGCUAUGACAAUAUGCAGGAGUCCCCUAGCAGGCCCAUUAGGGUACUCACAGGCCUGGGAAACACAGAUCACAAUCUCAAGGGCCCCAAACUGCUACUUUCCAGGUCAGGCAGGUGGAGUAAUCUUGCCACUCAGGCAGGGCAUGAGGCAGCAUGGGGUGGUGGGACCUAAGACAACCCGGUUGCUUACCCCAUUCAAUGGCAUUCAAAUGUGAAAGCUUUUAAAAUGCUCUUCCGGCCAAAAAAUAUGGGCGAAAUUUGACCACUCACUGGCAACUAGCUUUGUGACUGUCAGCACAGAGCCCAGUGUGGGGCUCGAACUCAUGAACCACAAGAUCAUGACCUGAGCCAAAACCAAGAGUCAGACACUUAAUGGACCAAACCACCCAGGUGUCCCUGUGGCCCUCAAUUUUUGUCCAGUGCUCCCUUUCUUCUUCACCUCCUUUUUUUUUUUAAGUGUAUUUGUUUUGAGAGAGAGAGAGAGAGAGAGAGAGAGAAUGAGCAAGGGAGGGGCAGAGAGAGAGGGGGACAGAGGAUCUGAAGCAGGCUCUGUGCUGACAGCAGAGAGCCCGAUGCAGAGCCUCAAACCCACAAACGGUGAGAUCAUGACCUGAGCCAAAGGUGGACACUUAACCAACUGAGCCCCCAGGCGCCCCUGUUCUCCACCUCCUUGCUCUUCAUUGAAGAUUUCGGGGGAGAUGGGAGCCCAGAGAGAUGGAAGAUGCGGUUCAGAUUGGCCAGUCGCUGUCAGGAACAGGCACCCCAGUCCUUUCCACCUCCCUCCUUAUCUGGGUUCUUGCAGGCCGUUUGGGCUUUGAAGGUGGGUGUGGUAGAACAGUUGGAGGUGGUGGGGGGUGGAGGGAUUGUUGGUUUUGAGAGGAGGUCAGUGCUGCUGGGGCGUUUCCUCUGUGCAGGGAAGAGCCCCAGAUGUGGCCACAGGGCACUGAGGGGUGAAAUCCCUUUAUGAGAAAUCACAUCCCAGAGCAAUUUGCCCUGCCUUUUGCAGCCUCUGACACCAGCUACCCCCUUCUGGAUGACAUUUCAGCUAGAAUUUAGCUCCAAGCUAUGGGGAGCAAAUCUUAAAAACAAACCAAGCACUCCUGACAAAUACCUAGAAACAAGAUAUGUCUGAGACACAGCUGCCCCGAGGGUAGAGAAAAAUCCAGGUCCCUGGAUAGGCCAGGCCCAGGCUGGUGUGGGUGGAUCCCAUAGCACUCACCUAGACCAGCUCCUCGGUGGCCCCACUAAGAACCUGGCUCUGCAGCCUUGGCCUUGUCACCCAUCUAGGAGCCUGUCUCUGAUGGUUUCCAGGCACGCACAUCGGUGCUCCUGGAGAAUUUAUUCCUUUACUUCUUUUGGCCUCAGGUCCAAGGCAAGUGCAUUUCUUAAAAGGUAACAAAACACAUUAUUGGAAAAUUGGACAGUCAGGCCAUGACUCCUAGCCUGAAGUCUGCCCCACCUCCCAGCAGCCCCUUCAGCCCCUUGUCCCCUGAUGUCCCCUUACCUCAGGAUUCCCUCUUGCAUAUUCAUGGUGGAGCCAUGGUGUUGAUCUGCACUUCCCCACUGUCAGCUCAUGGCUGCACCUCCAGAGUGGCGGCCAGGUCCCGAGGGGCUGUGGGGAGGACUGGAAGCAAGUCCCUAGCCUGCCCGCUCUCCUGAGGAGGGGUCUGCAGUGUCUCUGACAUGGGCUGCUGCCAGGAGCGGGCAGGCACCAGACUUUCUUUCAUUCACUGUAAUUUCUCAACACUGGGGUCCCGUUCCUGGACCACCCCCACCCUAGGAUCAAAGGAGACGUCAGGAUCAUGUCCCUGCCAAUCUAGAGUUUGAGUCCACGUGUUCCCAGGGGUCCCAUUUAGCCCAUCUCUGAGUUAGGGGCAAAUGUAACCACCGUGCAGUAAGUCUAGAUAUUCCUCUUCCCACAUCUUAGACCCCUGAGCGGCAUAAGGAGAAAAUGCAGCUGUUUAUUUAUUGAGGAAAUCUUAAUGAAUUCUAAAAUGGGGUCAGUCUCAGGUAGUGUAUUUGGCCUGUGGGCAGGAAUCCCACCUUUCAGCUUUAGACAGCUCUGAGCAUGGCGUGCGGAAGGAAGUGUGAAAUAGGGGAAGGGCGAGACCGGGAGUUCUGUGCCCCCUUCCCUGACUCUGAGGCCUGGAUGGAGGAGGCCAAGCUGAGCCUCACCCAUCCCAACUGCGGGCCCACCCAGUCCUGCAACUAUGGCCACCAGGCCACCCUUAUCCCCCAAAGCACCAUGCUUACGACCAUGUCUCAUCUUCUCUAAAAGCACCAUUAAGAACAAGUGAUUUUGGAUGAUGGAUUUUUGAUUUACAAACGGUGCAUUUCCCUUGGAGUGGAACAGAAAGGAAACCAUUUAAUGGCUCCCUAUUUUCAAGCAUGAAUACAUUUUAAUGAAACUAUUUUAUUGUAUUUGAGGAAAUGGAGAGUUGAACAUUCCAACCAAUCAAUAGCCAAUUAAUUGCUGUAAAGCUAAAAAUAAAUAAGUCCUGAGUCUUUUUGAAAUGCCCUGCAAAGCUCAAAGCCUCCGGAUCAGGCCUUCCCCUCCAUAUGUGUGCAUGUGAGCGUGUACAUGCACAUACACACGCGCACCCCUGUACCUCAGACAUACUUGAAACUCAGAGAUCGUGCUGAGUCUCCUCAUGCCAAUUCUUGCCUGCUCUCCUCGCCUUUGGUCAGAGAUGGUGAGCAGACCUAGCAGCAGCUCAUCCCUUGGCCCCAAGCCACCAGCUCAGAGUGGGGUAUUGUGGGCACUGAGGGCCCCCUCCUUGGCCCCAGCUGCUGGGCCUCUAAGUCUGGGCGGAGGGUGGAAAUCUGACUUGGGUGUUGCCCUGACUCUUGCUGGAAGACACUGCCCCGGUUCUUCACCCUCUAGUGGCCUUUGGACAUUGACUAUUUAUAGAAAUAAAUGCAGAUUACAUUGCAAAUGGAACUCUUUGCCAGGAAGACACAUGGAUUUAGCUUUUCAUUCUUUGAGACAGUUGACUUUGUCUUAGGGACUGACCUUCCAGCAUCAAAGAAAUACAUAUCUACUAUAUCCGCCAAAGUUUGUGAUGCCUGCAUAGACGCUUACUUGUAAAAAAAAAAAAAAAAAAAAAAAAAAAAAGUACAAAAAAAGUACAAAAAAACAAAAAACCACAAUUGAAUUGCCUUUGAAAGUAGGAGAUGAUCUGUCUCCAACAGAUUGAAAAAAAAAAAUGCUUCUUAAAAAUGUGUAUGUUUUGUAUUCUUUUUUUCUAGUAGAAAUACCUGACUUGAAAUAUUGGUGGUUUUUUUUUUUCUUAGUGACGUGUGUUGCUUUUGUGUGUAAUAAUAUUUGAAUGUAAUUACAGCAGUGCCGAUUUGCCAAAGAUGUUGGACAUAUUUUUCUUUUGUUGGGAGGAGGGCAGGGGCUUGGGGUGGGACUUGGGAGAAAACAGGGGUGGGAUUUUGGUUUCAUUUUUUACCUUUUUUUUUCUUGUCAAACUUGGAAUUUGUGGUUUCAUUCUAAGUUAAAUGGUUGACUGCAACACUUUUCUUUUAGAUUAGUUGGAGAAACUUGCAAUAAGAUUGGCGUAGUUUCAAUAUCUGUGUGUCUUUUCAUGAGUGACUGUUACUUGUGAAGGAUUGAUUUUAUGUAACCUUUAUGUGAGAUAAUUAUUUGUAAAUAUUUGCCAUAAUUUUAUUGGUUCCUAAAAUAAAAGUAAUUUUUUAAGUUCAGGAAAA